AUGUCGAGCAAGAAUUUCAACGGAAAUCCACCCAAGUAUAUCAAUGACUUUAGCAAGGCGCUUGCUAGUGAAGUUCGGAUUCUGCUCGCAGAAGUUGGGCAGCUGAGGGACGAACGACGGGCGCUGCAGUUCGAAAUAGCAGAACUCAUGAGCGCCAAGUCGAAACAUGGCGCUGGAGGGGAGUACACGCCAGAUUGGCGACCACCCCCCGAGCCGCAAGCCUUAUUGCCUCCCCCCCCUCCACCACCCCCUCCAAUAGAUGAGGGGCCUCCGGGUCCAGCACGUCCAGCAUGGCGUACGGUGCAUAAACGUGCAGAAAGGAAGGAGAAAGCGAUCGCAAAGCGCAUGCCACCGGCUAUCCCAGCGCCGUCUGCUGUUCCGCCUCUUGCGCUUCCACGGCCAAACGUACCGGCAUGGGCACAGUGGAAGCCGAAUCCUCUCCUCUCACCGGCCCCCGUCAUGGCAGCGCCAACUGCGCCACUCCCUAAUUCUCCACCACCGCCUAGCCGUUCAGGUCUUUUCGGUCCUCCGACUCCCCCUCCAAACUAG